AUGUUGUAUUCAUUAGGAUUUUCGUGGGGUGCCGGCAGUUCAGCCUAUCAAACAGAAGGAGCCUGGGACAAAGAUGGAAAAGGACUGAGCAUCUGGGACGUGUUCAGUCAUAAGAAAGGCAAAGUGCAACAAAAUGAAACUGGGGAUUCCUCCUGUGAGGGCUACUACAAAGUCAAGGAUGACAUUUCUUUGAUUAAGGAGCUGAAGCUUAACCACUACCGUUUCUCCAUCUCCUGGCCUAGACUCAUCCCCACCGGCAUUAAGUCUGAUCACAUAAAUGAAAAAGGAAUUCGGUACUAUGAUGAACUGAUCGACCAACUGCUGGAGAACAAGAUCACUCCCAUUGUUACUCUGUAUCACUGGGACCUUCCACAGGUCUUGCAAGAGAAAUAUGGUGGAUGGCAGAAUAUAAGUAUGGUCAACCAUUUCAAUGAAUUUGCCAACCUGUGCUUUGAAAGGUUUGGCAACCGAAUAAAGUAUUGGAUCACCUUCAACAAUCCAUGGUCUGUUGCAGUUGAAGGAUAUGAGACAGGUGAGCAUGCCCCUGGACUGAAGCUGAGAGGAACUGGAGCAUACAGAGCUGCCCAUCACAUUAUUAAGGCCCAUGCUAAAGUUUGGCACACUUACGAUACACAGUGGAGGGCAAAACAAAAAGGUAUGGUUGGCAUCUCUCUGUCCGGGGAUUGGGGUGAGCCAGUGGAUCUUACCAACCAGAAAGACAUUGAAGCAGCUGAGAGAUACGUUCAGUUCUACCUGGGCUGGUUUGCCACACCGAUCUUUCAUGGCGACUACCCUCAAGUGAUGAAAGACUUCAUAGGAAGGAAGAGUGUCCAGCAGGGCCUUGGGACAUCUCGACUGCCUUCAUUUUCCCCCCAAGAGAAGAGCUACAUGAAGGGUACUUGUGACUUCCUUGGCAUCGGCCACUUCACCACCCGCUACAUCACCCAGAAGAGCUACCCAAUAGGCCGUAGCAGCAGCAGCAACUACUUCACUGACCGCGACCUGGCCGAGCUGGUCGACCCACGGUGGCCUGACCCCGGGUCUGAGUGGCUCUACUCUGUGCCUUGGGGUUUUAGACGUCUGCUCAAUUUUGUUAAGACUCAGUAUGGAAACCCAAUGAUUUAUGUGACUGAGAAUGGAGUCUCUGAGAAGAUGUUAUGCACAGAGCUGUGUGAUGACUGGAGGAUACAGUAUUAUAAAGACUACAUCAAUGAGAUGCUAAAAGCUAUCAAAGAUGGAGUCAAUGUGAAGGGUUACACUGCCUGGUCCCUGCUGGACAAGUUUGAGUGGGAUGAAGGCUACUCCGAGAGAUUUGGCUUGUAUUAUGUGGACUUCAGGAACAAAAACAAGCCUCGCUACCCCAAAGCUUCUGUUCAGUUCUACAAACGUAUAAUCAGCUCCAAUGGAUUUCCCAAUCAGAGAGAGGUUGAAAACUGGAGGAGGAAGGCUGUUGAGAGCUGCUCUUCUAGCAACCAGCUCCUAGCUGCAGACCCUUUGACCAGCCACAUGGAGAUGGUAACUGAGAUCGUUGUUCCCACUGUGUGCACACUCUCUAUUUUACUCAGUGCCAUCUUCCUUAUGUUCCUGCUGCGGAGGCGGAACUAG